UCCGUCAGAUCGGCCUCACUCCCUGCUAACUGAAUGGUCAGCCUGCUAACUGAAUGGUCAGCCUGCUAACUGAAUGGUCAGCCUGCUAACUCUGAUGUUAGCCAUGGGUCAAUUAAAGAUCAUUGGUGUACUGCUGUUGAUAUGUGGGUACCGCACAGUGGCUAGCACAGAAGAAGGCUAUGAAAGAACAGUGAGAGAUGCUGCCAUCCUGACCUCCUGUGACUUUAACCAGGAAAGUACGCCGUUCUGUCAGUUCCAGCAGGACGGCGCGGACAACAGUGAUUGGACAAGACAUAAAGGCGCCACCCCUACACCUGGAACAGGACCCCCUGGGGACUACCCUGACGGCAAUGGUUUCUACAUCUACCAUGAGUGUGACAACGUGGCCAAUGGGCAGAAGGCUCGUCUCCUCAGCCCAGCUCUCACCUCGCCCUCAGCCCAGAUCUGUGUCCAGUUCCGCUAUUACAUGUACGGCUCAGACAACCAGAACCACCUGCGCGUGCUGGCCAAGCGGCCCAGCUCAGAGGACAACGUCUGGGAGAAGACAGGGAUCCAGAGCCCCUCCUGGCUUGGAGCUUCCAUUACUGUGGCCAAACCAGCAGGGCAGAGCCUAAAUAUCGUGUUUGAGGCACAGCGAGGGCUCAGCGAUUCGUGUGACUCAGCGCUGGAUAAUAUUGUCAUUAGUGAGGGAGCUUGUCCCGCCUGUCUUACUGGUUGCGACUUCGACACCUUUGAUGAGCUGUGUGGGUGGGAUGCCAAAUCACCUACAAAUCCUGAACUCUUCGGCUGGGAACAAUUCAGUGGAGGGACUGAGACCCCUGGGACUGGUCCUGACGAUGAUUUCUCCAAACCAGGCUUCGGCAGCUAUCUGCUUAUGGACUCAGUAUAUUCUGUCCCUGGAGAGAAAGCAGAGCUGUGGAGUCCCAUCACCUCCAGCGGCUCCUCUGGCUGUCUGGACCUUACCUUCCAUUACUACAUGUGGGGAACUGCCACCGCAAUGAAGCUCCAAGUGCACGCUGUGACCGCAGGAGGAAACCUUGGAGCCCCCAUCUUCUCAUUGACAGGGAACCAGGGCCAGAGCUGGAAGCCUGCAGACAUACGCUACCUUGGCUCAGGUGACAUGCAGUUUGUGAUUGUUGGUGUUUUCGGUGAGACCCCUAAGACAGACAUCGCUAUAGACGCAGUAUGCAUCACAGCCUGCACAGCUCCACCAACUCCCAGCCCAACUACACCAAAACCCUCAACUCCUGGACCAACUACACCUAAACCCUCAACUCCUGGACCAACUACUCUUGGGCCAACUACACCAAAACCUUCAACUCCAGGACCAACUACACCUGGGCCAUCAACACCAAAACCUUCAACUCCUGGACCAACCACACCUAAACCCUCAACUCCUGGGCCAACUACCCCUGGGCCAACUACACCAAAACCUUCAACUCCAGGACCAACUACACCUAAACCCUCAACUCCUGGGCCAUCAACACCAAAACCCUCAACUCCUGGACCAACUACACCUAAACCCUCAACUCCUGGGCCAUCAACACCAAAACCCUCAACUCCUGGGCCAACUACGUCAAAACCUUCAACUCCAGGACAAACUACUCCUGGGCCAUCAACACCAAAACCUUCAACUCCAGGACCAACUAUUCCUGGGCCAUCAACACCAAAACCUUCAACUCCUGGACCAUCAACACCAAAACCUUCAACUCCUGGACCAUCAACACCAAAACCUUCAACUCCUGGACCAUCAACACCAAAACCUUCAACUCCUGGACCAUCAACACCAAAACCUUCAACUCCAGGACCAUCAACACCAAAACCUUCAACUCCAGGACCAACGACACCUGGGCCAUCAACACCAAAACCUUCAACUCCUGGACCAUCAACACCAAAACCUUCAACUCCAGGACCAACUACUCCUGGGCCAUCAACACCAAAACCUACAACCACCAAACCACCAGUGAAGUGCCCUCCCAAUGCUGAGUACAUAGAGUGUGGCCCAGCCUGCAUCCCCAGCUGUAAGGAACCCUCUACUAACUGCACUGGCUCCUGUAUCAGCGCGUGUUUCUGUAAACCAGGCUUCGUGUUCAGAGGCAGUCGCUGCGUCCCCAUCGAAACGUGUGGUUGUCUGGAGGGAGGUGACUACUAUGAGCCAGGAGAGAUCGUCUUUGGUGACGGCUGCUCCAAGCUGUGUCGUUGCGCCGGCAACUACACUCUGGACUGUGUGGACAACGCCUGCUCUCCCGCGGAGGAGUGCCGCAACGGCGCAUGCUAUCCCAAAGGCACUUCUACCUGUAUAGCGUCCGGUGACCCUCACUACACUACCUUCGACAAGAAGAAGUACAACUUCAUGGGGAACUGCAGCUACCUGAUGUCCGAACCUUGUAAUGACACCUCAGUGCCUCACUACGAGGUGCACGCCGACAACGAGAACCGCUAUAACCUACCAACCAUCUCCUACCUGAAGGCUGUGCACGUGUACGUGCGCGGGGUGAAGAUCUCCGUGCUCAAGGGAGGCACCGUGCAGUUGAAUGGUACCAAGGUGAACAUCCCUCUGACCCCAGCUACAGGAGUGUCUGUGCUGAUGUCUGGUAAACACUACACCGUAGCCACGGACUUUGGUGUGACGGUACGAUACGACGGAAACCACUUCAUGGAUAUCAAAGUCAUCAAGGACUAUAAGGACAAGCUGUGUGGACUGUGUGGAGACUACAACGGAAACCCAAACGAUGACUUCAGGAAACCUGAUGGUUCUCUGACCCCCGACCCCAAUGACUUUGGACACAGCUGGCUCACCGAUCCGAAUUGUAACAAGCAGCCCAACAUCACCAUACCUGGCUGUACUGAUGAUGAGCAGGACAGGUACGAGAGCUCAGGAUACUGCGGGAUGCUACUGGACAAGAACGGACCUUUUGCUGUCUGUCACCCCAAGGUCAACCCCAAUAGUUUCUUCAAGGACUGUCUGUUUGACCUGUGUGAGCUGGACGGUGCCAAGCCCAUCCUGUGUGAAGCCAUUGAGUCGUACGUAAAUGAGUGUCAGGACCGAGGAGUCACCAUUGGACCUUGGAGGAACAGCACCUUCUGCCCUCUGAAAUGCCCCCCCGACAGUCACUACAUACCAUGUGCCGCCCCAUGCCAGCCCACCUGUGCCGCCAAGCCCCCCACGGGGUGUGACGGACCCUGUUCAGAGGGGUGUGUGUGCAACCCUGGGUACAUCCUCAGCGCCGGGAAGUGUGUCAAAGAGAGCUCCUGCGGCUGCAAACACACUAACGGAGAGUACUACGAGCCUGGUGAUGAGUGGUACAUGGAGAACUGUAAGCUGAAGUGUUUCUGUGACGCCUCCUUCGUCACCUGCAAGCCCUCUGACUGCCCUCCCAUGCACGAGUGUAAGGUACAGGGAGGAGAGCUGGACUGCUACCCUACAGGUUCUCAGGACUGUGUGAUCUCUGGGGACCCCCACUACAACACAUUUGAUGAUAAGUUCUACAGCUUCAUGGGAACCUGCACCUACACCCUGGCUAGGGCCUGCAAGAACAACACUGGUCCACAGUUCUCCGUGGAGGGUAAAAACGAGGAGCGUGGUCUGGCUGGAGUGUCGUACCUGAAGAAGCUCUACGUGACUGUCGACGGAAUGACCGUCACACUGAUGAAGAGCAGGAGGGCUCUGGUGAGCGGAAAGCGCGUGUCCCUCCCUCACUACCCCUCUCCACUAAUCUCUCUAUCGCUAGCGGGCCAGUACAUCACCCUGCAGACACCGUUCGGCCUCAAGGUGCGCUGGGACGGAAACCACUACGCCCAGAUCUCAGUGCCCAGCUCCUACUCUGAACGGAUGUGUGGUCUGUGCGGCGACUAUGAUGGUAACCCUAACAACGACUUCACCAAGCCAGAUGGAUCCCAGGUCACCAGCUCCAAGGACUUUGGAAACAGCUGGAAGACUGAGGACGAUGAGGAUGCCACAUGCAAACCCGACACCAACCCAGACCCUGUCUGUGAUCCAUCACUGGAGGCAGAAGUGUCCAAACCAGAGAACUGUGGGAUAUUAACCGAUACCAAAGGACCUUUCAGAGAGUGCAUUGCGUUGGUGGACCCCACUCCGUUCUUCCAGAGCUGUGUGUUUGACAUGUGUCGCUUCGUGGGCCAACAGCAGAUGCUGUGUGACCAGCUCCAGGCCUACACUGACGCCUGCCUGGGUGCAGGGGCCACGGUUCACCCCUGGAGGAAGCCAGACUUCUGCCCCCUGCCCUGUCCCCCUAACAGCUCCUACUCCAUGUGUGUGAGCUCUUGUCCCGAGACCUGCCUGGGUGUCAGCGGCGCCCCUGGCUGUUCAGAGCUGUGUGUGGAGGGUUGCGAGUGUAACCCCGGCUUCAUCCUCAGUGACGACAAGUGUGUCCCUGUUAAAGACUGUGGCUGUGUCGACUCCUCCGGAGACUACCACCCUGUGGGUGAUGACUGGUACCUGGAGGGCUGUAAGGAGAAGUGUGUGUGUCUGGGCGGAGGGGUGAUACAGUGUCACAACACCACCUGUACCCUGACAGAGAGCUGUGGCCUGCAGGACGGAGAGUUAGGAUGUUACCCACUGGAAACGGGAAUCUGCACGGUCCAGGGUGACCCUCACUACACCUCUUUCGAUAAGAGGGUGCACAACUUCAUGGGUUCCUGCUCCUACACCCUCACCAAGCCCUGCAACGAAACCUCCGGGAUGCCGCACUUCACCGUUGACGCCCAGAACGAGCACCGAGGCAGCAACAAGAAGGUGUCGUACGUCAAAGCCGUCGUGGUUAAGGUGUACGGGGUCACCGUCGUACUGGGGAAAGGGCGCAAAAUACAGGUCAACGGAACCCUGGUGACCCCUCCUGUGACUCUGACCAGUGGGGUGAAGGUCUACCUGAGCGGGAAGUUUGUUGUCUUGGAGACGACCUUUGGCCUGAGGGUGAGGUUCGAUGGCAACCACCACGCUGACGUCACUCUGCCCUCCUCCUACAACGGUCUGCUCUGUGGACUCUGUGGAAACUUCAACGGCCAACCCGGUGAUGACAACAUCAAGCCAGACGGUAAGCCAGCCGGCAACACAAACGAACUGGGAGAGAGCUGGCAGGUGCCCGACGACCGCCCCGACUGUACCCACGGGGGAGGAGAGGAGGGGUGCGAUCCCAAGGUUGAGGCAGAAGCUGAGAAACCCACCAGCUGUGGCAUGAUCUCUGACCCCAGCGGUAUCUUCAAGCCGUGCCACGCGGUGGUUCCCCCCAACAUCUACCAGGAGAACUGUGUGUACGACCAGUGUGCUACGGGAGGGGAGACGGUGGCUCUGUGUCAGGCUAUAGAGAGCUACGCUGACCUGUGUGCCUGGGCUGGAGUACCCAUCGCGUGGAGGAAUAACACCUUCUGUCCUCUGAAGUGUCUCCCAGGCAGCCACUACGAGCCAUGUGGUAACGCCUGUCCUUCCAGCUGUCAGAACACUACCUUCAACGCCACCUGUGCCCAGCCCUGUGUAGAGGGGUGCGUGUGUGACCCCGGCCUGCUACUCAGCGGUGACAAGUGUGUUCCACCCAGCCAGUGUGGCUGCACCGACAAAGAUAACAACUACAGGCCUGUGGGAGACAGUUGGUUCACUGAGCUGGACUGUUCGGAGCGUUGUAAGUGUAACCCUGGCAACAACAUUGUCUGUGAGCGGUGGCAGUGUAGUCCCGCCCAGGAGUGUAAGGUGUUGGAGGGAGAGCUGGCAUGUGUUUCAACAGGUUUGGGUGUGUGUCAUGUGGCUGGAGAUCCUCACUACUACACCUUUGAUGGUGUCAUGCACACCUUCAUGGGCACCUGUACCUAUACACUGGUGGAGGUGUGUAACUCCACCAAGGUAACUCCGUUCACCAUCGUGGCGAAAAACGAGGAGCGUGGCCAACCGGAGGCGUCGUACGUGCGCUCCGUCACGAUCUAUCUUCCCAACGCCAACAUCACGCUUCAAAAGAGCAACAGAGUUCUGUUGGAUGGGCGCAGGGUACGUACUCCUCUGUCCAUCGGUGUGGCCGGGGCCAGGGUCUUGAGUAGUGGUGUCUACAGUCUACUGGACACUGAUUUUGGCCUGAUGGUCAAGUUUGAUGGAGUCCACCACCUGGAGAUCACCGUCCCUGGAGAGUACUUCAACAAGGUGUGUGGCAUGUGUGGUAACUACAAUAUGAACGCCAAAGACGACAACCUGAAGCCAGAUGGAAACCCGGCCAAGGACGUGAUAGAACUGGGCAACAGCUGGAAGUCCGAGGGAGACUCAGACCCAGGCUGCUCGCCAGAUGAGCGUCCCAACAUCCACCCUAACUGCACGGCAGAGGAAGAGAAACAGUACGAGACCCUGUGUUCUUCUAUCAUCCUCGGCGACAAGUUCAAGCCCUGCCACUCUUUCCUGCCCCCGGAGGCCUUCCUGGGGAACUGUGUGUACGACAUGUGUGAAUACGACGGCAUGCAGGCCACGCUGUGUGAUAACGUGGAAGCCUACGCACAGGCCUGUCAGUCAGCUGGGGUUACCGUCGACUGGAGAAACAACACAUUCUGUCCCCUGCCGUGCUCCCCCAAUAGCCACUACUCUGACUGCACGCCCCCCUGCCCGCCCACCUGCUCCGACCUGUUCCCCAUGUUCUGCCACCUUCCCUCCACCACCUGUGUCGAGGGGUGCCAGUGUGACGCGGGGUUCGUACUCAGCGACGGGAAGUGUGUCCCUCUGGCCAAGUGUGGAUGUGUGGACUCCAAUGGAGAGUACCAUGACAUGGGAGACUUGUGGGUGACUGACCACUGUGAUGGCAAGUGUACCUGUAACCUGGGCGGCUCCAUCACCUGUUCUGAUUUUCAAUGUAAGGAUGAUUCUGUCUGCACUCUGGACAAAAACGGAGACCUCUACUGCAAACCUGAGAAAUUCGACAAGUGCAAUAUCCACGGCGACCCCCACUACCGUACAUUUGAUGGGUUCACCCACCACUUCCAGGGCCCCUACACCUACACCCUGACCGAGGGCUACUCCCUCCUCAGCUCACUGGCCUCCCUCCAGGUCAGAGGGAAGAACGUCCGUCGCAGUGGCAGCAAGAAGAUCUCCUACCUGGAUGAGGUGUAUGUCGAUGUCUAUGGAGUCAGCAUCCGCUUCCUGCAGAAGAAAGUUGUCCUGGUGAACGGUGAGCGUGUGGCUCCUCCUCUCAGUCCUAGAGACGGCCUGACCAUCACGAUGAACUCCAAGAACGUCCAGCUGGUCACCGACUUUGGCAUGACGGUCCGCUUCGACGGCAAAAUCCACGGAGAGGUGAUCCUACCCAGUACAUACAAGAACAGGGUGAGAGGUCUGUGUGGGAACUACGACGGAUCCUCCAAGAACGAGUACAUGAAACCAGACGGAACUGUGACGCGGAAACUUGACGAGUUCGGCGAAAGCUGGAGAGUGACUGACAGGCAGGGGGCGGAGCUAGUGACAGCAGACCUCCCCAAGAUGGUGCACCUGCACAGGCGUGAUGUAGAGACAGACCCAGAGUCUGGCUUUGAGACAGCAGGUUGUACUGACGCUCAGCUGGCUGAGUUGAAUGGUAACAAACAGUGCGGAGCCUUGUCCGACCCUACAGGACCUUUCGCUGGCUGCCACACCCAACUACUGCCCAACAGCUUCCAGGAGGACUGUGUGUUUGACCUGUGUGCGGAUCAGGAAACCGCAUCUCUACGUUGUGACAGCUUUGAGGUGUACGCCCAGGCAUGCCAGGAGGCCGGUGUCAAACUGGGCAACUGGAGACAACAGCUGGGCUGUGUCCUGAGCUGUGUGGACAACAGUACCUACUCUGAGUGUAUGUCCCCUUGCCCCGCCUCCUGCGCUGACCUGGCCGCGCCCUCCGAUUGUGACUUCACUGCCUGUGUUGAAGGGUGCCAGUGUGCCCCCGGUUUCGCCAUGAGCACAGGCAGCUGUGUGCCCUAUAGCGAGUGUGGCUGCAACUACCUGGAUAGAUACUACCCGCUCAAGGAGAAGUUUGUGACAGAGGACUGUGCCCUGUCGUGUGAAUGUACGGCCUCGGGCGCCGUGUGCCAACCCAAGGGCUGUGCCGACACACAAGUCUGUACCAUUUUCGACUACGCGCGUGACUGCUACAAAGUGAGUCCGUGUCUGAGUUACCCCUGUCUAAAUGGCGGUACCUGCUCUGACACUAACACUACAGUUGACUCAUUCACCUGCCAGUGUAAAGAGGGCUUCGAGGGCAACCUGUGUGAGAUCGAGAAGACCGAGACCAGCGGAGGCCUGGAUAAGAACACGAUCAUUCUCAUCGCAGUCCUAGUGCCUCUGGGAGUCAUCAUCAUAGCGCUGAUCUGUGUGUUAUGCUACAAAUGCUGUCGAACGAACAAAACAACCGAGUGUGAUUCUGACAACACAGAUUCAAGCAUCCAAUACCACAUGCACCUUAAGGACAGCGAAGUCAUGUACGAAAACCUGGACAACCAGCAGAAGAACACAAGCGACAUCAUGACUCCCAUGUAGAUGGAGAGAAAGAAGAGUAAAGAACAUAAGAGUUUCAUAUUUACUGGCAGAUGAAUGUACGGAUAUCACACACACACGCACACAAACACAGAGACAGACACACACACACACACACAGAGACAGACACACACACUCAAUCACUCACAAACAAUGCACACCAAUUCAGAACAGUCCGUAACGUCAAUGUUACAUAUUUGCCACAUUAUUCUUUUUGGAAUUUGUUAAUAUUAUUGUCAUUAUAUUAUCUGCUUUUAUUAACUUAUUAAUGCUUUUGUUGUAAUUUGAGAAUGUAUGAAUUACGAGAUGUGAUCCAGGGAAAAGUGAAAUUAUAAAAUGCCUGAAGUGCCUGAGAUGUAAUUUAUUGAAGUGUAUUAAAUUGUUGCUGCAAGCUUAA